GCUUUUCCCGGCUCAACUGAUCUGGCCAGAGUUGACUUGCUUCAGACACAAGGAGGGGGCAACUGCGCCAACGCCUUGACGGCAGCCGCUCGGCUGGGGCUCAAGCCAGUGCUGAUCACAAAGAUCGGCGAUGAUGCCGUGGGCGAUGGCAUAAUCAGUGAGCUGGAAAAUGAUGAUGUCAACACCAAGUUUGUGCUGCGCGCAAAGGGGCAACCCUCACCCUUCACCUACAUCAUAGUGGAUCGAGAAGGUGGAACUCGUACAUGCAUACACACGCCUGCAGCGCCUAUGCGCGUGGAGGAUGUGUCCCCCAACCUCAUUGAAGAGUCCUUGCAUGGAGCAGCUCUGGUCUAUUUUGACGGCCGGCUGGCUGAGGCGGCCCUUCAGGUUGCCAAGGCUGCCAAAGGGGCCGGCAUCCCUGUCCUUGUAGAGGCCGAACGAUUGAGGCCCGGCCUCAACGAGCUUCUAGCACAUGCAGACUAUGUAGUCACAUCUGCCCGCUUCCCCCAGGCUUGGACAGGCGAGGCAGGCUUGGGUGACGCUCUGCUGUCAACAUUUUAUUGUCUACCUCACAUCAGAUGGAUGGUAACCACCCUAGGUUCCAAGGGAUCGGUAUUCCUGGAACGGGCAAAUGUCCUACAAGACGAAGACGCCACUCGGACAGCGAAGCUUGAAGAUGUGCUCAAGUACAACAAGGCAAACAAUUUGAAAGAAUACUCAGAAGGCCCGGUGGCAAGGGUGGUUGUGGCUUCUGCAGCAGUUCUGCCAAAGGAUGCAAUUAUGGACACCACAGGCGCGGGUGAUGCUUUUAUUGGGACUCUGCUGUAUGCCAUUUGCAACAGCAUGCCUCCAGAACAAUCUCUGCAACUAGCAGCGGUGGUAGCUGCCACGAAAUGCACAGCUUUUGGGGCGCGGGGCGGGCUCCCGAUGCGUAGCUCCUUGUCUGAGAAUUUAUUUGCAUGA